AUGAUCCUUCGACUGAUGGCACCGGUCCUUCCACGACAAUAUUACCACUACCCUUCGCCUCCUCGAUCCCCGAAAGAAACACCAGGAACACCCGUCCCCGUCACGAAACACAUCAGCAAGAAGGUAUUUCUACAGCUCUUUGCUGGCACCGUUUGCAUAUUCGUCCUUGGAGUCCUGUUCUGGAGGAUAGGUCGUUGUUUUCGACGGUUUACUCGGAAUAAGGUGCUCAAGAAGGGGAAAAAGGUUGACACUCGGUACGCGAGGACGUGGUAUGGUUGGGUACCGUUACAGCAACAUGAGGCGGCCAAGAAUGUGUUUCGGAAGUGCUGGAGGAAGAUCUGCGAGUGGACGUCUUGGAAAACGACUAGGGCUGAUUAUCAUUGGGUGUGGUGGGAUCCGGGACAAACAGCGCACGAGGAGUAUCGUCAGAACAGGAGUUUCCUGAGAUGGAUACCAAAAUUGUUUAGGAGCAAGGAACACACAACCGCGGAUACGAUUUGGAACCGUGGUCCUCCCCCAGAACGGCAUAAACGGACCCCGGAAGACCGCCAACGGACCACGAUGGCAGACGCUUUUCCAUACUCUCAGAGAUACCACGCGCCCCAUACGUACCAUGGGAGAACGAAGGGAUAUCGGGACAGAUUGAAAAGAUCCCGGCACCAGUUCCCUUCCGCAGAUUCUAUUGAUGGACGACGCUCCUUCGAGGCCUUUCGCAACAGCUUUCCCGGCAAACUGGUCAACGGUCCACGCAUACCAGUUGAUCAGGCCAGACCAUUCUGGUCUCUUCAACCGCCAAGUCGCACUCGCAGGAAGAGCAUCCCGUUCACGAAUGCAACUAUAAGCGAGAACAGGUUACCGCAGAGUGUCUCUCUCCCUUGUCUUCUGAUGGUCGAUUUGUAUCCGCAACGGCAGCGUCAACCCUCCAGCACCUCAUGCAAGACUAGCGCUACGUCGCGUACACUUCGCAAGAUGCGGUAUUCUCGCAAAUAUCAAGUUUGGUCGGCUCGCAUGGAACUGCAGGCAUCCAACCAACUGAAGCAUACCUAUCACGGCUUCCAAGAACCACCAGGCACUCCAGCAUCUGAAUUGUUGCGAAGUUAUGCUUCUGAGAAUAGUGCACCAUUCGGGUCAUUGGAUCGAUCGCAAAGAGAAAAGAUUGCGCGCCAUUUGUCUAACGAAAACAGUCAAAGGAUCUCGAGCCUCAGACAACGUCAACCUCCAGCGCGAGCGCCUUUAGAUGCUUUAGACGAGCGCAACGGAAGAACAAUAGCGGCUCAACAAGGAGCACAAUAUCUAUUUCCUUCCAUAGAUACGGUCGUUUGGAGACACUGGUCCUCAUCUUUCGGCGAUGAUCCUCUUCAAUUGCCGGAGAAGCAGAUAGAACUUGGAACAAAGGAUGCAAAAGGAAAGUCUCCUAAGAAGAAACAUCGUCGGCUCAGACCAAAAGGGCGCCCGCUUCCGCUGCACAAAUUGAACAAUUGGGAAAUUAGAUGGAUGGACAAUCUGGACCGAAAGCUUGAAUGGCACUUUGAUCAACUUACCCCGGGACGAAGGCCAUUCCAUUUCCCGCUACUUGCCAACCAUUGGUUGAAUAGGAAGACUUGGAUGGUUAUUGACCCCGUUUCACGAGUUCCGGUUGACAAAAAACGGCAAUUGGGAGACCCAAGAUUCAACGUGCCGUAUCCGGCUCCGCGCUGGGAAGCCAAGCCGAAGUAUCCGAUAGCCCCCCACAAAAAAGCUCAUACGCCCCGGAUUGAUUCGUGGAGACUUGCGGUCAAUUGCCAGAGAAGGACGUCUGGAAUGAGAGACGUGGUCAGGGCCGUGGAACUAUUUGACGACUCAGUCGACGAACCCCCUGACGGACACAUCGACCCGGCGAGCUGGAUACUCAGAAGACCACCACAAGGCUUCGGGAUGUCAAGCAAGCAGCGGGACGCAUACUACGAGGGUGGGACGGGCUGGCACGAGACGCUGAGCGACUGGCAGCGGGUCCGUCACGGUUAUCGGGUUCGGAAGAUGGUCUAUGAAGGCAGAGUGAACCGGACGCGGGCGAAGGAGAUUGCCUUUGGUUUGACUCGAUUUUUCCAAAAGGCUAUAACCAAGACUUUCGAGAAAGAAAAUGUACCUGGCUGA